AUGGCAGAAGAGCCUCCAGUCACAGUAUUCAAGCUCCCCAACUACUUACCAAAGAAAUUUCGGACACUCGACAUUGAGAAACCAACAUCAGUGAUUGCAGCGAUCGUGGUCUACAGCGCGCGAUGGACGGCGAUGUUCUCAAAAUUCAACGAUGGCGGCGUCAAAAAAGCUGCCUUUCUGGAGAGGGCGCGUAAGGAGGUGGACGAUGCUGCGUGGUGGCUUGAGGCCUACAUCGAGUAUGCCAAGGUUGAUGGUCAGAAGCUCGACUGGAAGCUGACCCCGAUUGUGGUCGCUAUGUACCAUGAGCAGGGAAACAUUGAAUCGCCGACGUUUUCAUUGGACCCAAAGACUUAUGGGGUGCUCAACCGCUAUUGUUUUCGUCCCGUUGAAGUGAGCAACUGUGGGGCGGCAUGGUGGAAUGAGCCAGAGUUCACACGAGCAACCCCGCCGCCUGCACCUUCGACUAUGUCUCCAGGUCCAGAAGCAGUGUCCCUCUUUGCGAAGCCCGUGCGGCCUGCGGAGUCUGUAGUUCCAUCGCCAGCAUCAUCGUCGCCGGCGUCCCCUUCCCCUGCACCUCGCCGUCUGGUUGGGCGCCAGGUCAGGGGAAAGGCGCCUUCAACCCCUCGGUUCACCACCCCCAUGCCGCCAGCAGGCAAGGACAGAGAUGCGGUCAAGGACGACGGCAUCGCCACACAAUCACCUCAGCCGGAGCCUCCAACAUCUGAUGAAGAUGUCAUUCACGUACCUAAGCCGUCCCAUACCAAACCACGUCCCCGCCAGGCAAAACAGACCCAGGCUCUUGCUGUAGCCAUUGUCGAUCAAAAUAAGUUCAACACAAGCGCGGGGGAUAGUACACAGGAUAAACUGGUUGCGUCUCAAGCGGCAAACGGCUCUACUCAUACGACUGAGUCAAAGGCGCCGUCUCCAGAGAGUGCAUCCUCGGCAGCUCGAGUACCGGCGAAGGGAAAUGGUAAAGGAGGAAAUAAAGCUAAAAUCCCUGCUGAUCGCAAAGUCCUGGACCUGACGGCAGACGUAGACGGGAUGGAAGGCUUUGCCGACGCUAUACGGGAGCUCGUUCGUGCGGUCGACAACAAUUACGCUGCGACCCGAAAUGACGUCAAAGCCCACAAAGAAUCUCUGAAGAAGGUAGUGGACAAUCAAAGUCAGCGCAUCAACAACUUGGCUGGUGCGGUAAGCGGCCUUCGCGAUGACCUUCGCUUUCUGGCCCGUGCGCUGGGCCACGACAUUCCAUCUGGUGCCAGUAAGGGUGACGUGCACGUUGUCAGUGAUGUUGAGAUGUCUGCUGCCGCGCUGCAGGGCGACUCAUCGGGUGUGCAUGCAGCGCCCAACAAACGACAACGCAAAUCCCGAGAGGCGACUAAGUAA